CCAACGUGUAGGGGUGGGAUUUGGUCCAGAAUUACUUACAUUUUUUUCAUUUCUGUCCCAUUUCCACCUUUCUUUCUUCUGUUAAGUAAACAACAUUCCUUGAUUAAAAAAAAGGGGGGUCAGAAAUUAACACAUCAUUGUCAAAUUUGUAAAAGGGAUAAGGAUAUUAUUAAAAGUCUUGAAUUUAAGCAGUGGUUCCCCAUUUUUCCCUGCUUAGGAUGGUAUUCACAGUUCACUGUUCUGUUCAUCCAGCAAUUAACAUACUGCAGAUAUGCAUUGAUUCUUCAUUUGACUUUGGAAAAGUCAGAUAACAUCUUCCCCAUUAAAAGCCUCAGGCUCAGAGAGGUUGCUUGUUUGCAAGUAUAAACCACACACACACACACACACACUCACACUCUCACUGAGAGAAACACACAGAGCACCUUCAUUGCGAGAGAAAGCGAUGGAUGAAAUAGUUCAUCCUGUUCCUGAGCAACCAAUUUCAAUCCAAAGGGACAUUAACCAACUGGAUGAAUCAAUUAGGGAACAAGAGCAAAGAAUCAGGAAGCUGGAGACAAAAGCAGCCCAGAAUGUCAACCUUUACUUCAUCUUCCAGGCCGUGAUUUUAACGUCAACCGCCACCGCGACAUCUCUCACUUGCCACCACUGGUGGAUACCUUUCAUCCUAUCACUCCUAGCAGCUGUUCAGAAUUUCUUCGCUUUCGGCCGAACCAUGAUUAGGGUUCUCAAGUUAAGGGAAAAACUUGAACAGGAUUCAUUAGACCUUUCAUUCAUGAAGUUGCACAGAAUCAGGAAGGAUCAAGUCAACCAGGUUUUGCCAGGAGCCAAUUUUGAUCAAUUCCAGGAUGUCUCUUCUGCUAAAAGAGGGAAUGAAAUCCGCAGGCCAAAAGCAGGGUCAUUCCAGAAGUGGAGGGGCCAUUUGCUAACUUACUGUCCACUUGUUUUGCUUGUUUUGUUUAGUGGUUUAGUGAUGUAUGGCUGCCACAUUCUUCUUUGCCAUAACAAUGGUGGAAAGUGUGUCAAACUUUGCUGAUGCCACUUCCCAUUGGCAAAGCAAGCAAAUAUUUUCUGUAAUUUAAGCUUCCUUAUUGGUUGAGGACUUACUAAAAUUGUGUGAUUGAUUGUCAUUCUUCCACACGGUAAUCCUUUUCGUGAAGAAAUGAGUGGAUGACUUCCUCUUCCAAGUAACUUUAAUAGCGAC